UCGCGCCUUUAAAUGGCGGCCACGUCACGGGCUUGAAGCGGAGACAAAGCGGGAGCGUUGGGCCGUUAAAGGGGAGGUUUGUGGCCUGGCGGAGAGUGGGCCGCGGCUGCCAGCGGACUUUCGCGACAGAUGAGCAGUUAACUGAUGUGAAACCUCCAUGUACCGGCUGUUUUCCCAGUUUACAAAAAUUUUGCUUCGGCUCGAAAAGACUCAUCCAGUACAAAGUCAACUCAAUACUUUGAGAGUUGAAAGCCAAAGCAUUCCCACCUUGUUUUCUGUUACAUAUUUUCAGGUGGUCCAGCUUGUUCAUCUCUUCUCAGUACGUUUGGUUGUGAACAACAUCUGGUUAUCAGCAGUGCAAGGAUUGAGACGUUGUGUUAUCAGCCCAGUUGUCGUGACAUUCUCUUGCGCUCCCAGUUGUACAUUUUUCAUAUCAAACGCCAAAAUGCCAGAGCCGCGGUAUUGUGUGGACUACGCAAAGCGUGGCACAGCUGGCUGCAAAAAGUGCAGAGAAAAACUCCCAAAGGGGUCGGUGCGGGUUGGGAGGAUUAUGCCGAAUCCCUUUUCUGAGGGAGCUGAGAUGAAAGAAUGGUAUCACAUUAAAUGUAUGUUUGAGAAGCUGGAAAGAGCCCGACUAAAUACCAAGAAGAUCGAUGACUUAACUGAUUUAGAAGGUUAUGAAGAGCUUCAGGAUCCCGAGAGGGAUCUUAUCAACCAACAUAUUAAAGAACUUGUGGUCAAGAAUGGCUUGUUAUCCUCAAAAGUCAAGUCCCCUCCAAGUAAACCGACGGCAGUCACCCCAUCACCUCGUAAAUUCUCUGGAUUUUCUGCUAAAGCAGAGACCCCCGAUGAAGAGCCCUCUACCUCCACAAAUACACAAUCGGUUGGAGUAUGUGACCCCAACCACAAGGAUUGUUCCUUGAGGGAAUUCCGUAAACUGUGUGCCAUGAUUGCAGACAAACCGAGCUAUAAUAUUAAAACACAGAUCAUACAGGACUUUUUGAAGAAAGGCACUGGUGGGGAUGGUAAAUUCCAUGGGGAUGUUUAUCUGACUAUAAAGCUACUUUUACCAGGAGUGGUGAAAACAGUUUACAACCUGAAUGACAAACAGAUUGUCAAACUGUUCAGCAGAGUAUUCAACUGCAACGUUGAUGACAUGGUGCGAGACUUGGAGCAGGGUGAUGUCUCCGAAACUGUGCGUAUCUUUUUUGAUCAGAGUAGUAGUUUCCCCCCAGCUCAUAAGAGUGUGAUGACAAUUCACGAUGUUGAUUCAGCACUCAUUCAGCUUUCGAAAAUGACCAGGGAAGAAGAUCAACAGAAGGAGCUACAGACUAUUGCUUCAAAAUGCACAGCUAAUGACUUGAAAUGCAUUAUCAGGCUGAUUAAACAUGACCUACGGAUGAAUUCUGGUGCAAAACAUGUGUUGGAUGCUCUAGAUCCCAAUGCUUAUGAAGCUUUCAAAGCUUCUCGUAAUUUGCAAGAUGUGGUUGACCGUGUUCUACAGAACCAACAGGAAUCUGAGCGGGUACCAGGAAUGAAGAAAAUACUCAGUGUUAAGGCCAACCUUUUAACCCCAGUACAACCAAUGCUGGCUGAAGCCUGCAAAUCAAUUGAAUAUGCUAUGAAGAAGUGUCCAAAUGGAAUGUAUGCAGAGAUCAAAUAUGAUGGGGAGAGAGUUCAAGUGCACAAGAAUGGAGACACCUUCCAAUAUUACAGCAGAAGCCUGAAGCCUGUGUUACCACAUAAAGUUGCCCAUUUCAAAGAUUUCAUUCCCAAAGCUUUUGUUGGUGGUGACAGUAUGAUCUUGGAUUCAGAAGUUCUGCUGAUUGAUACAAACACUGGGAAACCACUCCCAUUUGGAACGCUGGGCAUUCAUAAGAAACUCGCCUUCAAGGAUGCGAAUGUUUGUCUUUUUGUAUUUGACUGCAUUUAUUUUAAUGGAGUCAGUCUCAUGAACAGGCCAAUAAGUGAACGAAAGCAAUUUCUAUGUGAUAACAUGGUUGAAAUUCCAAACAGGAUCAUGUUUUCGGAGAUGAAGCAUGUAACAAGGGCCUCCGAUCUGGGAGAAAUGAUCAAUAGAGUUAUCAAAGAGGGAUUAGAAGGACUAGUACUGAAAGACCUUAAGAGUCUCUAUGAACCAGGCAAACGGCACUGGCUAAAAGUAAAAAAAGACUAUCUCAAUGAAGGUGCGAUGGCUGAUUCUGCAGACCUUGUUGUGCUGGGAGCAUUCUAUGGACAAGGGAAUAAAGGUGGGAUGAUGUCUAUCUUCUUGAUGGGCUGCUUUAAUCCCAACACUUCACGGUGGUGCACAGUGACCAAGUGUGGAGGUGGCCACGAUGAUGCAACUCUGGCCCGAUUACAGAAUGAACUCGACAUGGUGAAAAUAAGCAAGGAUCCAAGCAAGGUGCCAAGUUGGCUAAAUGUCACCAAGAACUACAUUCCUGACCUCAUUGUUCGAGACCCAAAGAAAGCACCAGUUUGGGAAAUCACUGGAGCAGAAUUCUCAAAAUCGGAGGCCCAUUCUGCAGAUGGGAUAUCAAUCCGAUUCCCACGAUGCACCCGAAUCCGUGACGAUAAAGACUGGGAAACAGCAACAAACCUUCCUCAACUCAAGGACUUGUACAGAGCUUCUAAAAUGAAUGAAAGUGCUGAUAUAGUGGUAGUUCCUGAGAAAGAUGAUGAUGAAUGGCCCUCGGGUGGUCCUGGUGCCUCUGAUAUGACAUCGAAACUGACCCCACAUGGUUCAAACACUUCCUCCAAAUUGCCUGCAAAGAAAAGUAAGAGCGAAGGAGGAAACAGAACUUCUCAAAAAUCACCACCUGAAAGUUCAACGGGAAAGACAUUGAAGAGAAAAUUGCCGGCAAUGGAGCGGAACGGAAAGAAGAUCAAAUCUGCUGUAAAUGAAAAGAGUAAUGGCUCUUUGCUUUCCAGUCCAUCUCUGCCAUCUCCUAAUCAGACCUUGCUGGACAUAUUUACAGGAGUAAAACUUUAUUUGCCUGCAUCUGUGCAAGACUUCGACAGAAUUCGGCGGUAUUUCAUCGCAUAUGAUGGUGACCUGAUUAAAGAGUAUGAUGUAGCCACAGCAACACAUCUGAUUGGUGAAGUAGAGGAUAACACAUGUGCCAAACGUGUCUCUGUGAAUUGGAUAUGGGCGUGCAUCAAGAAAAGGCGGCUGGUUCCACCAUUCUGAAAGGAUGCAUUCUUCACAACGAAGCAAAAGGAUAAAACUCUUAAAUCUGAGAUGAACUGAGAUAACUGAGAGAUUUGGGAUUUGUAAUCUUCUAUAUCGUGGGGAUGAAUGAGAUUGCAGACUGAAAUUCUGUCCUUGGUGUCAUGUAAAUACGAUUCUAGACUUUUGUAGUAAGAAGACGUAUGGAAAGAGGUGCUGCAAGUGUGUUUUUAAUGCUCAUGUUUCCAACAUACAUAACAGUUUCUGCACUGUGGUGCUAUAUCUGAUUUUCUUUGAGGCCAUGGAAAUGUGCAUUCCAAUCCACAGACCUAAUAGGAAGCUAAGUUGCAGACCCCCUUGUGAAAAGACAACUUCUUGAAUAACUAUGAUUGGUGUUCAACCUGGAGUCACGAUGACUUUCUUCAAAUAAUAAAAUUAUUCAAUUUGUUUUUAAUGCGAUUGAAAUUUAUAGUUCAUCGGUUUAAAAAUGAAAUUCGCAGAUGCUCGAAAUCGGAAACAAAAACAAAAUGUUGAAAAAUCUGGUAGUAUCUACGGAAAAAGAAAUGUUAUGGAUCUGUGACCCUUUGUAGAUCUGCAGUAUUGACUACUUCUCCUGAUCUGUUUUUUUUCCAGAAUGUUUAUAAUUUUAUUUCAACCCCGGCAUAAUUCUUGCAGACAUGUUUCCCUCGAACCUGACCUCUUGAUUCCUAAGUUUUUGUAGCAUUUUGGUACAGGAUGUUUGGUGCAAAAUUUGCAGAGGACAAAGGUUUCAGGUGAAAAAAAGGUACAUUUCCCCCUUCCCCUGAUGACAUGCCCUAUAACUGCAUUAUUGGUAUGUUACUGAGACAUACAGAUAAAAUAAUGUGUCUGCGUUGAAUUGCCUGUUCUCAGCUAAAUAUUGGUGGGGUGGUUAUGUUGUGGCAAAAUCAUGAGACCAUGGCCCUCUGCAGCCAUUCUCUCAUUAUCCCCUGUGAAUGUUACACACAUGUUCUUGUGGUGAUCUUCUAGCAUCCAUGAUGAAUUGGCAUCAAGGUGCCUCGGGUAUGGCCAUUUGGACAAAGCUCUUAUGAGAGUGCUGCGCUACCUGUCAAAGAGGAAGGCUUGCAUAACAUUUCUCCACUUCCUCUUUAGCUUUUUAAAUUCUUUGUAGAGACUGCUAUAUGUUUAAAAAUAAAAGCACAUUUAUGUAAAGUGAAUAGGUGAGGGUUUGGGAUGCUGCUGAUGUUUCCAUAAUAAAGUUGCAUUACCCAUCAGUGAUUUGCUCAAAUCUCUGCAAACAAUUUGGAUUUUCUUUUCCCUAACCUAAUCUUUGGGCUUUAUAUUUUCUCCUCCCCAGCCUCUUCUCAGCUCACAGCUUGGCAAGUUAUCGAAAGUUGUGGAAAGAGAAUUCAUGGAAAUCUCUCAUUUAGCUUUGAUUUCUGUUUAAAGAGUUUAUAAAAUGGCAAUGUUUCAUGUGA